AUUCCCCAUCGAUGACGAUGAGGAUGAAAAAAUCUUGAGAAAAGUUAAACUCUCUCAGAAAAACUCUGAAAAAUUAAAUUUUUCUCCUCUUCGAAUAACAAUGUUGAAUAAUGGUGGCCGCGGACAAAAGGGGAACGCUGAUUAUUUCGACGGCGGGAAAUUUUUUCGGCGUUCCGAUCAACGAUCCCGAAGUUGCGAUCGAGGGUGAGGCUGUGCUUGAAAAAUUUCUUGAUGCUUCGUCAUGCCGUACGAUUUGUGCGACGCCAACUCGCACGACCACCGAUUCAAUGUGCUUAAAACUAACGAAUGAGAUUCCGACUGGGAGAAAUUCUCUCGUUUUUUUCAAGCUGCGUUCGUCGGCCGUUACGGAAGAAAAUUUCCACGAUUUGAUUCACGUCGCAACGACGGGCGGACCGAGAAUCGGUGGGAGAGCUCUCAUCGAAUCACUCCGACAAGUUUGGGCACCGACCCUACAAUCGUCAGGUGUAAACGCCGCUUGUCUCAAACGUCUCGAAGAAGACAUUCUGGGUCCAAAAGCCUCUUCGUCGAUUCACGAGGAAGAACAUUUUUGGAAACGCAAACGAGAUGAAGCGAAAAAGUCACAUGAGAAAAAAACCGCUCAAGAAGCUAUCGACCUCGUGAAAAGCAUUCAAACGGAGCUCGAAAACGCUGCAACUUCGAGAGAAGGUUUGAUUGGCGUUGAGGAAAUACUGGAGACGGUCUCAGGCUACAUCGACGAUCUUUGGAAGCUCGAUGGACCCGCUUACAACGAAGAAAGAAUGAAAUCGUUUUUGGAAGUGGUUGGUAACGAAGUCGUCCGACUCGUUCAAACUCUUCUCGAUGAGAUCAAAAGCACGGAUUCUCGUGCCAGAGACGAAGCCGUUGCGACUGCAGCUACCGUGUGCGAAAAGUGGGUAAACGUUUGCGAAAGACUCACCGGAUUGUAUUGGCCCCAUCAGUCUCUUCAUCCGUGGAAAGGAAAAUCUUUCUCGCACGGAAAGUGUUGCAAGUUCGGCGAUAGAUUGAGGCAAACUGCUGAAAUUCGUGCCCAGCAUCGCCAGCUGACGAGACUUUUGACAGCCGGCGAACGUUCGGCCCUCGGCACAGACGCUCUUCUGCAGAGUUUCGACGAUUUGCGAGUCGGCCUUGGGCAAGAAGGCAAAGACGUCGAAUGGGAGAGGCUGAAACAUCGAUUCGAGGACAGCUUGAGUCCAGCGGAGGAAAAGGUGACAGAAAAAUUGAGAAAGCAAUUCGCAGCUGCCGGGAAUCCGACGGUGCUCGCCGCCGAGUUCCAGCGUUACGUGGAGCUCUUGAAACGAGAAGGCCUGAAACGAGCGCUGACCAGUGAACGUGAAUCUUUGCUGGCUUCGAUCGGGGAACUCGUCGAUUUGGCUCAGUCCGCUCCGGAUACGGUGAACCUCCUAGACAGUCCACGAAUAUUACAGGAAAUGCUUACUGCCCGAGCUGCCGAAAUGCGUCUCGACGCCCUCGCCAAAUUGAGCAAAGAAUUAUUGGCCGACCUUCCGGGCUACGACGAAGCUUAUUCCAAAAUUUCACUCGCCUCAAAAGAUGCGGAGAAAAAGCGCCAGUACCUGGUCGAAUCUUGGGUGAGUGCGACGAAGUCGGCGAUCGAGAGUAGGGAAUUGAGCCUCGGAAGUGAUUCGGCCGUCGUGGAACUGACGGGUUCGAGUAUGAUGAGGGUGAAUUACGAUCCACGACUAACGAUCCUCGUGAAGGAAGCUCGAGCCCUGGCGGGUCAGGGUGUGGAGUUGCCUCGUGAGGUGAACGAUCUCGUCGAGCGUGCCGGAGCUCUGGCGGCUCGAGCUCGAGCGCUCCAACAGAUCGCGACAUUCCACAACACGAUCGGUGAUCGGAUGGUUCCGUCGCAAAGGCCUUUGAUGCUCGCGACCGCCCUCGAGUUGUCUCGGGCAGUGCGUGAGCAAUCGGGCGUCGUUUGGUCCGACCCACGUGCCGUCGACGCUUACACGAAUCGCUUGCAAGAGCUGGUGAAAAAAUUCGCCCAACAGAAUUCCGAGCUCGCGGCUAAGCACGCGACGCUUCGCGAUCUCGUUGCCGGUCUCUUGAAAGGAGAAAUCAUUAAUCUUGUCAGCAGCCAAGCAGUGUGGAAAGAAACCCUGCGGAAAAUGCGAUCGAUCGUCGAGGGCGUCGAGAAGGAAUACGGGAAUACAAAAGCCUGGAAGCUCCACUGGGAUCGGCAAUUGUUGAAAGUUCUCAGUGUCGCGUAUCGAGCUGCAAUGCCGUCGCUUACGAGAAGAUUACCUGAGAUAAAAGUCGAGCUGACGUUCCGGGACAACCGUCUCCAGUGGCGGCCGAGCCUCGAAGAGAUCCGAGCGAAACUCUACUCGGGAAUUCGUAGGUUUCUCGCGAUUCCUACUAAUUUUCGCGGCGUGGGUGAUCCGGCGGACGGACAAUUCGGUAGCCUCGUUGAUAGGAGCGCUUAUCUCUUCGGCGACGUCUACAAAGAGGCCGAAGUCGUGCUUGCUGCUAUCGAAGAAUAUCGACUCAAGUGGAUUCCUUUAGCUGCCCCGGCACAAAUCGACGUUGGAACAAUAUUGAAAGGCAAAUCGCCACAAGAAUGGGAGCGAGCUUUCAAAGAGGCGAAGCAAUGGGCUCAAGAGGUGGGAAAACUGAGGGGCGGGGAAGUAAAAAUAUGGUGCAUAAGCAUCGACACGGGCACAACGAGGAACGACCUUGAAUCAGGGACUCGUCGUUACUGGGAUCGUUUGUCGUCGGAUUUACGAGCCGAAGCUUCGUCGCGACUCGUAACCGUUACGGAAUUCCUGUCAAUGGCUGCGCGAGAGUUGGAUCGUCGUCCUCGCAAUGUCCAGGAGGUUGGCAUCGCUUACGAGGUCCACACGAGGAUAGAGCGUGAAUCCGCCGCAAUGGCGGAGGAACUGGAAGCGGUGACAGGAUUCGCGAGAGUCCUCGCUGCUUGGACGCGGGAAAAACUCGACGGUUUGUCCGCGGCGCACGGAGCCUGGGAAGGCUUGGCCGAUCGUCUCGAAAGACACCGAAGCCUGGUGGCGCGUCAGCUCGAGGAUGCCAAGGUGAAUCUUCGUCACCGAGCCGUGGCGCUGCAGGACGAGAAGGAACGCUGGGAAGCGAAGUGGACGGUGAAACCUGAAGUGGCGGAUCUCAAUUGGAUCGGAACGAUGCGAGAGCGGUGGACGACGAUGAGGCAGCAGAGAGAAGCUCUCAAAGCCGAUUGUCAGAGACUCGAGGUCGACGUCGACGACGUCCUUGCGGAAGACGAGGAGGCGACGCGGCGCUUGGAAGCUCAGCUGGACGCCGAGGAAUCCAACUGCCGAUUCCAGGCCGAAUUCAUAAAAGAACUCGAAAAUCAAACGACCGAGGAGUGGAGUGUCGCCAGGCGGAGAUUGCCGCGGCUUCACGACUGGCUCGACUCGUGGGAAAGCAGAAUAAAAAGCCAAUCUGAGGAUCCUGAUGCUGAGGUCGAUCGUGGGAAAGAUCCGAGCCUUGAAAUCGAAACUUUCGUCGGGAAAAAAAUUCGAGAAAUCAGAGCCAACAUCGAGUUGCUGCAAAUUCUUCGGGGGGACGAAAUCGCCGAAGAACACUGGGCCGAGCUGCGACCACUGGUCGGCAUCACCGAUGUAACGAACACCCGCGACAUAACGCUUGGACAAUUGUUCGACUGCUCGAAAAUGAUCAGAGAUCAUUUCGAGCGUGUUCAGGAAAUAGCGAAAAGAGCGAUUGCCGAAAGUGGAAUUCGGCAGGCCCUGACCGAGCUCGAAUCGUGGGAGACAACCGCGUCUCUCCAACUCGUGGAGUCGAAAGACAGCAAAAAUAAUGCGAUCUUAUUGGUCGGCGAAUACGGCGAGUUGCUGGCACGCGCGGGAGAGCUCAAGCUCAUUCUCGAAGGCGCCAAAGGGGCUUCCGGUUAUGAAAGAUUCGCAGCAAGAGCUGCCCGGUGCGAGACCGCCAUGUUCGAACUCGAGGAGCGUAUCAAGGCACUGAGUACACUGCAAAGAAAGUGGGUUUAUCUAGAGCCCGUUUACAGUAGCGGAGCGGCACCGAAUGACUCCGGAAGAUGGACGAGAGCUGACAAGGAAUUUAGAUAUCUCAUGGGCGAGAUCGCCAGAGAUUCUCGAGUUCCGUCGCUGAGGAGAUUGCCACUUCCGGCGCUAUUGAACCUCAAGGACCUUCUGGACCGAUGCCAAAAAAGCUUGGACGAAUUUUUGGAGGAAAAAAGGUCGUCUUAUCCUCGUCUCUAUUUCCUGAGCGACGAAGACCUUUUGGAGCUGGUUUCCGGAAGCGGGAGCGGCCUCGACGCCCAUUUGCCGAAACUCUACCAGGGCAUCGGCUCGGUAACGAUCGAGGACGGUCAACUCAGAGCGGUGCUUUCACCGGAAGGAGAAACAUUGCAACUCCCUGAGUCGAUCGACCUCGGGGAAGCGCUGCCUCAGUGGCUCAGGAGUCUUGAAAAUUCCAUGAGAAAAGCGCUUUCACUGAGUUUGGAAAAGUGCCUAAUCGAUACGACCCCCGACCCCUCGGUUUAUCCGGCUCAGGUGCUUCUGCUAUCCGAAAGAAUUCGAUUCACCGAACGCUGCGAAUCUGCCCUGAAGGAAGGCUCCAUCGGUUUGAAAAAUUUGGUCGAGUUUCUUGAAACUCAAAGAGCGAAAUUCCGAGGUCUCGAGGACGCUGGGGAUCGUCUAACCGCACUGAAGGCCCGGGGCCUCCUGCUGGACACGGUGCAUCAUCUCCGGGUCGCCAGAACUCUGUUGAAGGCAGUCGAGAACCGGGAAAAUACUUCGUGGACCUGGAGUAGACAGUUGAGAAGUUAUCGAAGCAGCAACGGCCCGUUAAUUCGUUGCGCCGGUGCGAACUUUCCGUACCGCUUCGAAUACCAAGGCGCCGCGGUUGGCCUCGUCAGGACGCCGCUAACCGAAAGAUGUUUUCUGGCGCUCACGCAAGCGAUGAAGCUCGGUCUCGGUGGGAGUCCAACGGGGCCGGCAGGUACGGGAAAAACCGAGAGUGUGAAGGCCCUCGCUGCUAUUCUGGGUCGCCCGGUGCUCGUCUUCAACUGCGACGAAGGCAUGGACGCCGGCAGCAUGCGCAGAAUUCUCGGGGGCCUGGCACAGGCUGGGGCCUGGGGUUGCUUCGACGAGUUCAACCGCUUGGAGGAAGAAACCUUGAGCGCGGUCGCGAUGUUGGUCCGCCCUCUGCAGGAGGCUGUACGAGACUCGUCCAGCAGCGUCCAGUUGGGGGGCCAGAGUGUGAGACUGGAUCCGCACUGUUGCAUCUUCAUCACGAUGAAUCCAGCCGACAGCGACUACGGGGGGAGGCACAAGCUGCCGGAUUCCUUGGCUCGUUUGUUCCGGCCAAUCGGCAUGGCCCAUCCUGACAGAUGCGACAUAGUCCAGGCUCUGUUGGAGUGCGAGGGUUUCCUCGAGGCUCCGACUUUAGCCAGACAGCUGGUAGAGACUCUUGACAUCUCGGAAAAGUUGCUCUUCAAGCAGCCCCACUACGAUUGGGGCCUUCGUGCUCUGCGUUCCGUUCUCGGUGCGAUCCCGCCAGAUUCGCUCGAUGCCACAAAGCUCAAUGAAACUGAACGUCUGCUCGUCGCCAUCCGAGCCUCCACUUUGCCCAAACUUACUGAAGAAGACACGACCAAGUUUGUCGGUCUGCUGCAAGACGUUUUUCCCAAAGUCGAUCACCUCUCGUCCCUCGUCGAUUCAACCAGUCGCCAAGAUUUGCUGGCAGCCGUCAAAGACAUCUGCGACCACGCCGGCUAUACCGAUGACGUCGUUAACCGAUGCGCCCAACUCUAUGGACAGUUGAAAAAUCGAACUGGAGUGGCGCUCGUUGGACCACCCGGAAGUGGCAAGUCUUUGAUCAGGAAAAUUCUCGCCGAGGGACUCAACAGAGUUGGUGAACCGGUUCAACAGUUCAACCUCUUUCCUGGAGCUAUCCCGAAAUCCAGGCUUUUGGGCAAAGUCGAUCCCGAAACCAGGGAGUGGAAAGAAGGGCUUUUGUCGAGCAUCGUAUCAACGGGAGCAGACACUUCGAUCUGGAUCGUUCUGAACGGGGACGUCGAGCCCAGUUGGGCCGAGGCUCUGAACUCGGCCCUCGACGAUAAUCGUCUUCUCACUUUACCCAGCGGAGUUGCCCUUCGCCUCGGCUCUGGCGUGAGGUUCAUCUUUGAGACCCACAAAUUGGGUGGGGCGAGUCCGGCGACCGUGUCGCGUCUCGGCGUGAUCCAUCUUGGCACAACGACGCCAUCGUCUCUGCUUUUACCUUCCAAGCUGGAGACGCUGCCAUCAAUCUCAUCGGGAAUCGUCAGCAGUCACCUUGCGAACAUCGUCGAGACAAUUUUGAAGCUAGUUGGCGAAGAAAAAUCGGCAGCUGGUCUGACCGAGGGAGCUCUUGCCCAUCUCCGAAAAUCCAACACCCAAAAUCUUGUCACUUACGCUCUGCUCGUCUCGCUGUGUGGGCAACUGGGUCACGGGGAAUCCAGGGAUGACGUUGCACGAUUUAUUUAUCAGGUCACGGACUCGUGGUGCCCGGAUCCUCAGAAACCAUUCGCAGUUCUGUACAACCCGGAGAUCGAUCGGCUGGAACCCUUCGGCGAAGCAGCUCAGUCCAUACCUAGUGAGAAUGGCACCAUUUCUCUGUCAGGACUUGUGAAAAGAGCGUUAGCAGCAAUUCUGCCCUGGCUCGAAUCCGGCCACCCAGCGAUAAUCCGUGGUCCCGAAGGAUGCGGAAAGAGCAGCUUGAUAUCCGCUGCCCUCGCUUCUCGGAGCGACGAAAUCGGCGAGGCAUCCUCGACCGUUCGUGGCUCUUCUCUUUACGGUCCGGAAGAUCUGAUCACUAGACUCAAGCGAUCUUGCAUCCGGCUCGAGUCUUCCGCAAACGGGAGAACCUACAGACCCAGGAACGGGUCUCGCUUGGUUCUUGUCCUGGAAGAUCUUCACCUUGCUUCGAGAGACCUGCAGGAAUUGGUUCGGCAGCUUCUUCAGGAAGGAGGUUUCCACGAAGACGACCUGGAAUUCGCGAGUUUGCCCAUCACCCUGCUGUGUACCGGGGACGAAGAAACCAAGCUCCAUCCAAGAUUGGAGGCACUGCUGGCCACCCAUUGUUUAUCUUGCCCAAGUUCCAAGGAUGUGAUUUCCAUGGUUGAGCUUCACCUGAAAUCGUCUUUACGAACAACGAGAACGACGUCGAUCGAUUCCUGGAUCUCCAGCGUGGCUGGUACGAUGACAGAAACAUUGACGACCAUCACAUCUGCCAGGGAUUCGUCUUUCACCUGGAGCCCCAAAGAUCUGGCGCUGUGGGCCGAUAGUUUGAAAUAUUAUCCGGCGGUUGAUGACGUUUUGGAGCUGACUCGCUACCUCUGGGACGCGGGGACACGAUUGUUUUUCCCUCGUUUGGUUCCGAAGGAUCAGUCGCGUUGGGUGUCGAGCAUGUUUUCAAGAAUUCCUGAACUCAAAGACACGACGAACGACGUUUACGUCUGGAAGGGUGGUCACAUCGGGUUGACGCCUUACGGAGAAGAUGACUGGAAAUCGGAAAUCGAAAAUGCAGCUUCGAGGUGCGCGAGGGAAGGGGACCCGGUGCAGGCCAAAAUAACGCCUCAUUUGAUGAAGACAGUCUCUGGUCUGAGCUGGGCUCUGGGGAGUGGAAGCCGAGGAGUAAUUCUCACAGGACGACCUGGGGCCGGGAGGAAAACAGCCACGAAGCUGGUGGCCUCGGCUUCUUCGCUGCGGCUCAUCGAUGCCGGACCCGGGCGUGCCCGAGCGGCCGUGAAAGCUGCGGUCCAAGCAGCUGGGGUCGAAGGUGAACCCUGUUUGCUUCUGCUCGAAGAUCAUCACCUGCGAGAGCCCGGUUUAGCAGUUUUAGCCGGAGCGAUAGUGUCCAGAGGGGAGUUGCCGGGUCUUCUGAGUGCCGAGGAGUUGGACGGUCUCGUUGCGCCGCUCGCUGAUCUCUCCCGGAAGGAAGACUUCUCCGGCACGUUGGAUCAGUAUCUUUACUACCGUUUACGGAACCUUUUGCGAGUUGUCUCAAUUCUGGAGAGCGGUGAGGUGAAGAAAGACUGGCUGAUCCGUUCCGGGCUUCUUCGUCACUGCAUCCUCGUCGCUGAGGCCCCGGGCAACGAGUGGUGGUCUUCGGAAUCGUCUCUGAAGGACCUGUGCAUCCGGUUAGCGGAGGAUUCCUCGCAGGAGGCUUCGCCGGGGCUCGAAACCCUGGUCAGUGCUCAUCUUCGUGCUCCGCGUCAACAACAAGCUCCGGCCCGAUUUUUGGCUCUCCUGAGCACCUGGAAAGUACUGCGGAACCAGUGGGGCGAAGAGGUUGACAAAAAGUUGUCGAGUUUAGAGGCAGGAAUCGGGAAAUUGAGGGAAGCUGGUGAGCACGUUGCUAAACUGGAAGACGAGGCUUCCAAACAGCGCCAAGAACUCGAGGUGGAAAAAGGUCGAGCGAAUGCUGCACUCGAACAAAUCACCGCAACCAUGAGAGGAGCGACUGGGCAGCGUGGGGAAAUGGCGACCUUGAAAACUGAUACGGAACGAGAAAGUGCUGAAUUGGCUCGAAGAAAGGCCGACAUAGAAGGCGAACUGGGCAAAGUUGAGCCGCUCGUGGAGCAAGCGGCUCAAGCGGUUGCCGGCAUCGGCGCCGACGCCCUGGCCGAAGUGCGUUCGCUCCGGGCACCCCCCGCCCCGGUUCGGGACGUUCUCGAGGGAGUGCUCCGGCUCAUGGGCAUCCGGGACACCUCCUGGAACAGCAUGAAGACCUUCCUCGCGAAACGGGGUGUCAAGGACGAAAUCCGGACGUGGGACGCUCGUCGGAGUACCGCAGCGAGCCUCGAAGCAGUUGCCAAACUGGUGAAGGAACGUCCGGAGAGUUUUGAAGAAAAGACCGCUAAGAGGGCGUCCGUAGCGGCGGCUCCCUUGGCUGCCUGGGUACUCGCGAAUCUUCAGUACGGACAAAUCCUGGAGCAGGUCGCUCCUCUUGAGAGGGAGCAGCGAGUGUUGGCGGAGCGAUUGUCGGCUGCGGAGGCUCAACUCGGAAGACUCGCCGCAGGUCUCACCUCGGUGGAAAGCCGAGUAGCUCAGCUCCAAGAAGAGCUCGCCGAGCAUUCGCGCGGCGCUGCAGCUCUCCAGCUCCGAACCGAAGCGACGGAAUCGAGUCUCGCCACGGCCAGGGCUCUUCUACGGAAAUUGGACGUUGAACACAGUGACUGGCAGUCGCAAUUCGAAGGGCUCACCGGAAGGAAGACUCGCUUGGACGUGGAGUCUGCCGAGGUCGCUUCUCUCCUGGUGUAUCAGGAUCCGAGCCGCGAUGACAAGUGGAAGCGAUCGGCUAUCGAUUUGUUGAUAACGGAACGCGAGAGGCUUUUGUGGCGAGCCCAGGACCUUCCGGCGGACACCGCGAGUCUCGUCGGCGCAGCUUGCUCCCUCCGAGGGCCGUUGGUCCCUCUGUUCGUAGACCCCUCCGGGGUAGCUGUCAAAUGGUUGAAAUCGAACAUAGGAACGCGGCUCGAAACGGCAAGGCCUGAAGAUACGAAAUUCGUGACGAGCCUGGAACUAGCGGUGCGUUUUGGCAAGCCACUGUUGAUCGAGGAAAUCGUCGAAAUGCCGUCGCUCUUGUUGCCACUCCUCCGCAUGCGGUCGCUGCGCUUGGGCGAGCGAACUCUGCCGGCCCAAGACGGUUUCAAGUUGUUCCUCGCCACGAGGCGAGAUGCACUCGUCGAUUCGUUGCCCGGCGAGGCUGAUGCCGUCCUAAUGAGAAUAACCCUCGGCGCGGGUUCCCGGAGCCUCGCGGAGAGAUUCAUUGAGAAAGUUCUGUUGACGGAAACCCCGGAACUGGAGGUUCAACGCCGGGAGGCUCUUGAGAGGGAGGAAAAAUUAUCCGGCGAACGCGAUCAAGCGAGAUUGGACCUCCUGGCUCAACUGGGCGCUGCCAGAGGCCAGGAUUUGCUUCAGGAAUCACAAAACGGCGCCCAGGGCGGUGGCCUCCUAUCUUCCCUCGAGGCCACUCAGGAAAAAGCCAAGGAAAUUGCCGCCGCUCUGGAAAAGAGUCGUCGAAGCCACGAGAACGUCAGCAAGCGAGCUAAAGAACACGAAAAAUUAGCCAAAUUCGCUGCUCAUCUCUUCAAAGCUGUUCGAGCUCUCAGCAAUCUCAGCCCCCUUUACGUCUUCUCCGCCGAAGCCUUCACUGAUAUUUAUUUGGAGGCCGAAGCCGCUCGCGAGUCUCUGGUCACCGCGGAUAAAAAGGAGCAAGAAUCGUUGAUCGAGAAAAACUUCGUCGCUCUCGUCCUUCGCAAUUGUCUCAAUUCAGCGUACCGACGUCACAGGCUCCCACUGGCCCUGCACAUAGCGCUCUCGUUGAACCCCGUCUCAGAAGUAGAAAGAAGCCUCCUCCUCGAGGGAGUCUCUGUGAGAAAAGACGACACUACGGACGACAACCUUCCGGAGUGGGUACCGGAGGAGCGGAAGGCUGCAGUGAGAUCGCUUGCUUCGACGCUGCCACAAGUCGCAUCGAGAUUGAAAGCGGCCUGGGUAAACGACGUGAAAAAUAUUUACGUCGAUCAAAAUUUAACUUCGUUCCAGAAGACUCUCGCGGUUCAAGCUCUCCGUCCAGACCACUUGCAUACGGCGCUCACUAAAUUGGCGACCGAGUUGCUCGGCGUGAAAGAUCUGACCCCGCCAACUUGGAGCUUAAAAACCGUUGCCGAGGAAAACAACGGCCCGGUGCUGCUUCUGCUCUCACCCGGUGCGGACCCCGGGCCAGAACUGGAAGCCCUCGCGGCCGGUAAGAGCGUUCCUUGCGAGGGAUUCGCUGAAGUAUCUCUCGGCCAGGGUCAGGUGACACAAGCGGAAAUGGCGCUGGAAACGGCCUGCAGAACCGGCGGCUGGAUCCUGCUGAGCAAUCUUCAGCUCGCCCUCAAUUGGCUACCGCGACUCGAGAGCUUACUGCGCUCGGAUGUCUGUACGCGUGAGAAAAAAUCCUCGACUCGAAUAUGGCUGACGACCGAGGAAUGCUGCGGUUUUUAUUCCGGCCUCGCUGGACUCUGCCGGAAAUUGGCUUACGAACCUCCGGAAGGUGUCAAGCGCAAUGUUGCUCGGUCCUUGCAACAGUUGCAACAACGACGACCGAAUUCUGGUAACGUCGACGGCAACUUGGUCCUCGCUUGGAUUCACGCCGUACUUCAGGAGCGAAGAAGAUUCGUGCCUCAAGGCUGGAUUCGCGAGUACGAGUGGAGCGAGGCCGACCUCGAAGCCGCUCGGGAAUUAGUCCUCGUGAGUGAAUCCUCGAGGGGAUCAAAAUCCGGUCGGCUCGAUUGGGAACCGGGUCGCGGACUCCUGGACGUCGCCGUUUAUGGGGGGCGGAUCCAGGACGACUACGACAUGCGAGCUCUGCGCUCGAUUCUUCGAGAUAUCUGGUCGAAGGACAUAUUCGAAGGUCGAAAAAAGCUUGCCGGCAUCCUCGGAGUCUCGGAAGCCUCGAGACGAGAUCCUGCGAGGGAAAUCCAACGAUUGCCGGACUCGGACUCGCCCUUGGAGUAUUUCGGGCUUCCGGCCAACGCCCAUCGGGCUUGGGAAAGGGCCUCUGCUGAGAGCACGCUCUUGGCUCUCAAAGGUAUGAGCUCGAAAACCGGAAGCGUCAGUGAACGAAGGUCCCAGCAGAAAAUCGAGACGAAAUUCCAGCGUGAUUUUAAAAAUUAUCUCGAACAAAGAAUGGCAAAUUUGUCAAUGGACCGUAGCGAAAAGAAAGCUGCUAAUCCGGUCGAGGUUUUCUUCUCGGACGAGCGAAGGCUCGUCGUUAGAUUGUUGAAUCUCGCGAAAAAUGACGUCAAUGCUUCGAAACUCGUUAAUUCAAAAACUCCGAUUAACUGGCUGGAAGAAUGGCCUCAUGGGCCAAGAGAAGCGAUGCAGUUCGCGAGUGCACUAAUCGCGAAAAAUCAAGCGCUGAAUUCCCUCUCUGCUGGCUUGCCGGAGCGCCUCGAUCUCGAUCACUUGACGAGGCCGUGGGCCUUUUUAGCUGCGCUCAAACAACACACUGUACGGACUUCCGGUUUCGCGCUCGAAGAACUCUGUCUCGUGGCCGAUUGGAGCGACCAUACGGAAAACAACGAUACCAAAGUUUCUCUUUAUUUGGAUGGGAUUCUCAUUUCUGGUGCUCUGAUCGAAAAUGGAAUGCUCGCAGAACUGGACGCGUCGGCCCCGCCCGUGGGGGCCGUGAAGAGUUGUCGGAUUUCCUAUGUCCCCGAAACUCAAAACGACCAUCUCAAGAACACUCUGAACAUCCCACUUUACGCGGAUUCUCGAAGAAAUCGAUUGAUAUGUUCGCUUCCGGUCGGAUGCAAUGGAGACGAAAUGGAUGCUUGGCUGCGACGAGGCGUCAUUCUUCACCUCCGAAAUGGCUGAACCAAAUAUUCGGAUGAAUAAAUUAAAUUGUGAAGGCGAGCGUUGUGUGUCAAGCUGCAAUAGAAUUUACACGUUCAAGGAAGCACCUUAACUUUCUCAGGGUUGAAGAAAUUUGACGAAAAAAAAUGCUCUGAGUUAUUCUGUCGUCGAAUUUCAAUUUUCAUGGUCAAUUUCAAUGUUUCUAAGUGUAACGACCUUAAUUGUUGAUUAGCUCUUAAAAUAAAUGGAAGGAUUUUAUUCUUGCUGGUCGGGUCACGAGUUAUCGAGCGAAAGCAGACCGAAUCUGACUCUAAACAGAAACUUUCACGUAGAGCACAAUUCUUUAUCUGCACCGUGAAGUACCAUUUUUUUCAAUUUUUCCAAGCUACCGUAUCUGUCGAGUCCAAAAUUUAAAUUCAUAGUAUGAUCGUACUUUUUUAAAUAAUCCGAAGGCGAGACUGUACAAAAAUAUGAGAAUGGUCAAUAAAAAUGGCUGCACAUGUGCAAAUGAUGCUCUAUUC